AUGGGACGGAGCUUCACCCUUACCAGCAGCAGCAAGACCGAGACCUCGUCUUCAACAUCUGCACAUCUGUUGACCCUGCAAGAGAAUCUGACUGGGACAGUGCAUCCACACGAAAGACCUACCUGUAAAAGUGAUCCUCCAGCUAAUGGAUAUUUCACUGUCCGAAAGGACCGGUUUGCUCUCAAUGAGAUAACAAGAUAUAGGUGUCAUAUUGGUUUCACGACUCGAGAAGGACAUGAAGAGGGAGAGACACGGUGUCUUAGAGAAGGAUGGACACCGAAGCCAGAGUGUGUCCAGACAUGUCAAAAGCCAACUGACGGGAAUGUUAUCAUCAGCAUAACAAAACAGGUUUUUGUCUUGGAGGAAAACCUGCCUUACAAAUGUGAAGAUGGGUAUGAAACUAUCACAAAAGCCUUAGAAGACAGUUCAGAAUGCACGGUGAAUGGAUGGAGUCCAAAGCCUCAAUGUCUACCAAUACAAUGUGAAGUUCUCGAUCUGGAUAAUGGGGAGGUUAAGCCAAGGAAGGACCAGUACCUGUACAGCGACAUAGUCCGAUUUAGCUGUCGCCCAGGACACAUAAGAGUUGGUCCUCUUUCUGCCCAAUGUUUUCAUUUUGGGUGGUCUCCUCCCCCUCCUAUCUGUAAAGCUGCAGGAAAAAUCAACUCUUGUCAGCCACCUAGCAACAUUACAGAUGGCAUAAUUAUCACUGCUGUUCAAGAAGAAUAUCAACAUGGUCAGCAGGUAGAAUAUGAGUGUAACCUCAAAUAUGCAAUGACUGGCUCAAAGAAGAUAGAGUGUGUUGAUGGACAAUGGACAUCUUUGCCUUCUUGUACAGCAGAGAGAAGAACCUGUGGGCUGCCUCCUCGCAUUGACAAUGGACAUGCACUCAGCAGAGGCCGGAAAAAAUAUUUCCAUGGUGACACAGUGAGAUAUGAAUGUGCUGAAGGAUUUUCAGUUGUUGGGACAAACCCAGCCAAAUGUCUCCACGGACACUGGGACUUCCCUUCAUGUGCUGAGAUACCUAAGAAUACAAACACUGACUCCCUGAAAAGACACUAUAACAACAAUGAAGUUGUAAGCUACAGCUGUGAUUCCAGCCAGCAUAUAACAAAAUGUGUUAAAGGAAAUUGGUCACCCAAGCCAGACUGCAGAGUCAAAGAACUCUGCUCGCCUCCACCUCAGCCUCCAAAUGCUACUAAAAUAAUUGAGGUGAGAAACUUUGAAAAUGGAGAAAAGAUACGAUUUGCAUGUCAGGAAAAUUUCCUGCUUGAAGGACCACAAGAAAUAUUGUGUGAAGAUGGAAGAUGGGGAAAGCCCCCACGCUGUAUUGAUGCAAGCUGUGGAAAUCCCCCUCCAAUUGCCAAUGGUGCUGCAGUGAAUGGUACUCAGGGAAGGUAUCUACCUGGAUCAAAAGUAGAAUAUCAUUGCAAUGAAGGUUUUAACAUUAGCGAAAUAAGAUUUUCAACGUGCAAAAAUAGGAGCUGGACCACAAUGCCUGAUUGCAAAGAUGCAGCCUGCGGAGAUCCACCUACAAUUACCAAUGCUGAUAUUAUCAGUAGCCAAAGAGCAGUUUACAAGCCUGACCACCAUGUGCAGUAUCGAUGUCAUGAAGGGUUUGAAAUGUCUGGAUCAGAUACCGUGACGUGUGAAAUUAAGGUGUGGUCAAAACCACCAACAUGUGAAGAUGUCACGUGUCCUCCCCCAACCGAGAUUGCCCAUGGUGAAAUUGUUGGUCAACAAAAGGAAAGGUAUAUGCCUUCUGAAAGAGUGCAUUAUCAGUGUGACCCAGGCUGGAAUCCUUCUGGACCAAUGGUAGUGACAUGCUUCAACAAGCAAUGGACAAAACUACCAAGAUGCACAGAUCCUAACUGCGGUCCUCCUCCUGGUAUUCAAAAUGGAGACUUUCUUAACCCUGCUCAGGCCAGCUAUCCACCAGGCACAACAUUGCGAUAUCAGUGCCAAAACUUGUAUGUAAUGAAUGGAUCUUCUGAAGUACGUUGUGAAAAUGGUCACUGGACAGAAACUCCAACAUGCAUGGAGGCUUGUACAGUAAGUGAAGAAGAUAUGGCACGUAACAAUAUUUGGUUGAAGUGGAGAUCUGAUCCAAAAUUGUAUUCACAAUCUGGAGAUACAAUGGAGUUUAGGUGUAUAUGGAACCAUCGAGAGGCUCCAUUAUCCCCUCCCUUCAGAACACAAUGUAUACAAGGGAAUGUGGAAUAUCCAAGAUGUAUCCCUGGUUACUGA